CCAGUCCAGGACAGAAUGAUGGGCAACUCUCACCACAAGCAACUGAGGACUGAGAGGCAGAGCAGGAUGCAGCCAGCAACAGCUGCCUCCAACUUGGGUCUGGAGAAUAAGAAAACUGCUACCCACCCCAAGUCGUCAUGGCAACAGCCAGUGAAUGUGUUCCUCUCCUCCAGCCGGCCCCCAGGUGUGGAAGAGCUGCACCAGGAGGCUCAGCUUAAUCUCCAGAGCUUGCUGCAAGAAGAGUAUGAGGAACAGUACUCGGAGGCCAGGAUUUCUGGGCAGACCUUCCGUACUCCAGGCCCAGACGACCCCCUGGAGCCCACUAUCGGCUCAAGGCCACAGUCUGCCAAGCGCCUAGAGUUUGUGUUGAUGCCCACAAGUCGAAGAGGGAACGGAGACAAGACCACCACUCAGGGUGUGAGGCCCCCUGAGUCCUCUCUGAGCCUGCCCGCCUCUCCAGACAAGCCAAACGCCUGGAACAGACCCUUCCCUCUGCCCAUCCUGGAGGAGAAGAGGUGGCACCCAUCGUGUUCCACCCAAGGCAGCAUCGUGCCCAUCAACGUCUCUGGACAGCAGUUUGAUAAACAUGCCAGUUUGCGACAUUCCUUGUUUAACACAGAGACCGCAGUGAACCCCAAGUCCACCCUGAGGCGGCGACGGACCAUUAUUGGCUUCCCUCACCUCUCCUUGAGAGACCCAGGUCGAAGCAACGGGCAAGUACACUGUGCCACUAAAGAGUCCGUGUCCUGGAACACAGCUCCAGAAGUGGCCAGUGGAAGGGGGCUGGCCAGCCACGAAGCAUGUUCCCCAAAGCUGAUUUCCCCAGCCCUGAGAAAGACGCCCAGUGACCUAGGAGAGUCGCGCCCAGCAUUGAGUGGCCCAGCUUCACUCAGCAUGGAGGGCAUGGGGAUGGUGUAUAGCGUUCCCUCUUCCUGCAAUGGACCGAAGGAUUCGACAUUCUCUCCUCCAUGGAAAGGAAGCUGCUUUAAUUACAUGAGCCCAACUAGUCCUGCCCCUGGAGAGAGCAGUCAGGUCAAAGAAAAUGGGAAAUCUCCUUCUACAUGCAAUUCUCAGGGCUCUUCAAAUGUCCUCAGCCCUGGGAACUUGGAAGGGACUGGCUCUGUUUUGGUUGUUCAGGAUGACCGGGCAGGGAGCAGUGCAUCCACUUGCUGCCUGGCCCCCACUCCAAGAAGCCAAGAGCCAGAGAAAGACUGCAAAGGGGGUCCCCUUCCCAGCAGCAAACCAGGGGAAGGGGAGCCCUCAAGGCAAGAGUCAGACCCAAGUGCCUGUAGAUUCCGGGAGAGGUCACUGUCUGUGCCGACAGACUCGGGCUCUGUGUGCUCAGUGGAUGGGGGCUGUGGAGAGGACCAGCAGGGCAGUGAAACUGGCACCCUGGCCUACCCCAGUGCCAGCUCAGAAGGCAGUGCCAGUACGGACAAUGUUUCCUCUGUUGGAGCUGAGCCCAGACCAAGAAGGUCCAAGAGUAUCUCCCUCAAAAAGGCCAAAAAGAAGCCUUUGCCACCAAUGCGCAGCGUCUCCCUGGUCAAAGAUGAGGCUGUCCUUCAGCCAGAAGCUGGGCCCAGCUUGCCCAAGGACCAGAGGCCUAGAAGCCUUUGCCUCCCCCUUGAACACCAGGGACAUCAGUUUUCCUCCACAGAUGCUCAGGGCCACCCGGCUGUGCCUAGUCUAAGGGAGACAGAAGGCACACACUUCUCCCACCACUGGUGUCUCACUGACUGGAAGUCUGGCGACCCCUACCGGUCCCUGUCCAGCUCAAGCACUGCCACUGGAACCACGGUGAUUGAGUGUGUGCAAGUGCGGGGCAGCUCAGAGUCUCUGGCUUCUCCUUCCACCUCGAGGGCCACCACGCCUUCCCAGCUUUCCACUGAGGCAGAGGCCCGGGAGGUGUCAUCCCCAGGGAGGCCAACAGGACUGAUGUCACCUUCCAGUGGGUACUCGAGUCAGUCUGAAACACCAACACCCACCGUUCCUAUCACCUCCAUGAUGCUAGGUCAUUUACCUCACACGAGCAACAGUGGACGAGUACGGCCAGUGGUCCCGGAGAGGAAGUCAUCCUUGCCACCAACAUCACAGGAGAAGAGCCCCAAGUCCCAGCUGUCAUUUGACCUACCACUGACCCCUCCAGCGCACCUGGAUACUUUGGGGAUGAAGAUCUCCCUCCGGGGCAAAGCCAAGGUGAGCUGGCAUCACUCGGACUCAACCUUUGGAGCAAAGUUGGCCCAGAAGACCAGCCCCAACCAGCCGAUCAUGCCUGUGGUCACCCAGUCUGACCUGCGCUCUGUUCGAUUGCGGUCAAUCAGCAAAUCAGAGCCAGAAGAUGAUGUUGAGAGCCCAGAUCCAGCUGAAGAGCCUGGGCUGGAAGUCUUCACCCUGCCAGAGAGAAAGGUAAAGCCUCCAGUGGCUGAAAAGCCUCCAGUGGCCAAAAGGCCCCAGAACCUGGUUCCCAAGGAGCCCCUACCAGCUUCCUCCACCUUGCUCCUGACUCCUGAGAAUACAACCAGCCAGACAAGGCCCUCUCCUCAGGAUAUCUACAUGGUCAUGCGGAAACCAAAAGCUCUCAGAACCCCGAAUGGCCAGAGCCCAGUGGCAGAGACCCUGGAAGAGGAGCGCCCUAAGAUGAGUUCCCUGCCCAAGAGGGGAGGGGAGGUGGAGCGAAGGAGAAGCAAGGUCCCCCCUCCAGUGCCGAAGAAGCCUAGUGUGCUGCCUAAAUGCACACUGCACCUGGCACAGCCGGAGGCCCAUGCAGGGGAGCCAAAGCUGGCUCCUAGUCCUGUCAUCACCCUGGAGGAAGAUGCCAACUCUCAGCUGUGGUCCCCAAAGACCAAGGAAGAGCUCUUUAAGCCACCAGCUGCCAGUGGAAUUGAGGCGAGCCUUGCAGGAAGUUUCACUGAAGAAAAGCAUUUUGCAAGUGACAAGACAGCAGAAUCCAUAGCAGAAGAAGAUGACGAUGUCUUUGUGACGUCUCGCACGACUGCAGACUUAUUUACGGUCAUACACAGGUCUAAAAGGAAGCUGCUUGGCUGGAAGGAGCCUGGUGAGGCCUUUGCCAGCGGCAGACUGAGUUCCCAUUCUUCAUCCAAGAACCCAGCUGGCUCACCAACCAGUGAGGCGGCUGCCACCGGCAGUUGCUGCGGCAGCAGCAGCAGCAGCAGCAGCAGAACCACCAGCAGAAAUGAAGACUUCAAGGCUCUGCUCCAGAAGAAAGGGAGUAAGAGUAGCCUGGGCUCCCGGCCGUCAGCAGCAGAGCUGCUCAAGACCACCAAUCCCCUGGCUCGCAGAGUUGUUACGGAGUUUGCCGGGGACCAAGACAGCACCAUCAUGCCUGGUACCUAAGCACCUCCACAAUGGCUUUGGGGAAGGGAAGCUGGGGAAGACUUGUGAAAAGCAACCAUGAGAAAGAUCAGAAUGGCAGACAAUACACUGAUGGUGAUAGAACAUUAACUGAGAACCUGGACUGUCUGGACUUCGGGGGGAACGUCUCCAGUCUUCUUCAUCUUGAGCUCAAACUAGCAAGAAUUUCAAUGAACUUCCAACAUUUCAGGUCUGAUUCUUGCAGUUCUGUCAUUGCUGGCCACUGGUGAUCCCCCUAGUGUUUCUGUCUUUUGACCAAGGGCACAGGCCCCAUGUUGGAAAUUCAUGGAUGGCCCAAGUUAGCUCCUCUCCCACUAUCCUCAUUUCUUGUCAUGGAGCUAAUUUGGUGGAAGGCCACACAGAUGAGGCCUACCAGGCUGGCCGUGAGUGGUAGGUAGUGAGGCUCACCUCUUUAGCGUGGAGAUGCCAGAAGGACUUUUUGGCCACCGCGUGAAUUCUCCCCAAUAGAGUUAGUGGGUUCAAUCAUGCAAAAUGUGGAUGUUGUUAUCCUUUCCUUUAAUGUCCUAUCUUUUUCGGAUUGCUUUUCUAUACGGAGAUCAGGGUGAUCAGUGCAAACAAAUCUCUAUAUUUUGGUUUGGGCUAAGACAGCCAAAUAGGGUCAGUUCCAUUUGGGUCGCUUAGGAAGUACCAAGCUUGUCCAAAGUGGCAAUCAUUGGUUCAUUCAGAGCACCUCUCUGGGCUGGCUCUCUCCCAUUUCAAAUGUUCGUCCCCAGUGAUAGCAAGGGACAGCAAGGGUCUGUGCCGAAAUCCAGUGAGCACACUGGAAGUCCCUGCCAAUGCUGCAUCCACUUUCAUUUAUACAAAAUUAAAAGAAUAGAGGUGGAAGGAUACCAGUCUAAGUGAGGAUCAGAAAUCCAUUCAACUUGCCCAACACAAUCCAGUUCCUAUUGUAAUAUUUUUAAAAAAGCUCGGGGUGGGGGGAAACUAGGGAGAGGGAUAGUAAAACAACAUAAUGCCAAUCUAAGGGGAGCAUUCCUAUUUUAGUCAAGUAGUUUUGCUAAUUAAGUAUUAUGCUCUCUUGUUUCCAUACUGCUAAGGGACUACAGGUACUGUCAGCACCCUGGAGAUUCUGGCAUCCUAGCACAAAGCUCCAGCUGACUUGCCCUAGUUAUGACCAGAUCUGGUUCUGGUUGGUGAUGACUAAUAGUGAAAUGGUGAAAGGGCAGUUAGGCAUGUAGCUAGGGAAGAAACAAGAAGAUGAGGGCAAGAAGCAUCAGCUGGACAACAAUCUAGAUCAAGGGUAUAUCACCUUCCCCAUGGAAAACUGUUCAACAAAAGUACUCUGAGUCCUAAAUGGCUUCCUGGAAGUUGCAGCCUUCCUGCUAUUCCAUGGCAGAUGACCAGGCCACAACAGUUGUCUGAUGGGAUCCCAUGUGGUAACGGAACAGCUCCCACUGGAUCCCACACCUAUGGGGCCUCACUUGCCACCAAGAGUACUGUGCUGUCACCAAAGGAAAGCCAAGCCUCCUCCCCCAUGGAGGCCCUCACCGUCCCCCUGUUCUAGGGAGAUGCCAGGCCUGCCUACCUUCACUCCAGACAAGGGGGAGGGAGCAGAAUCAAUUCUGGAAGACAGAGGGCUGGCUUGGUAGAUGAGGGUGCCCUCCACAUAGCAGGCACAUGACACAGCUAUCUGUGGCCCGUGAUUCCUGACCCAGUACAGAGUACCCAUCUGAGUAGCUGUGUGAGGCCUCUGACCUAGGCAAAGGACUCUCCCUUCCCCCCAGUCUCUCUCCAGUGACGCUUGUUUAGCCAUUAGUAAUUGGAGAAAACUACCUGUGGAUUGGGCCAAUUUACCAUGGCUUCCCUCUUUGUGCAGCCCCAAGCUCAAACCCUGUCACUGCCUGUGUCCUUGCCCCAACUUGUGGGUACUCAAGGAACACAAAUGUGCUCCAGUGUCCUUGGAGCCAACAUUUCCUCCAACAUUCUGGGCUAGGAGUCAGGGAGCCUGGCUUAGAAUGCUGCUUCUUCCUCAUGCGAGGCCUUCUCCUCCUCUGCUUGAGUUAACUCCACGCUGAUGCCCUCUUCCAUUAUUAGGAACAGUCACUGCAACACCUCCCAUUUCUUUGGGGAUUGGACCUUGCAUCCAUUAUCUCAUUAGAUAACCCUCAUAGCACCCCUGAGAGGUACGUUAAUGCAAGUAGGAUUACCCCCUCCCCCCAUUUUAUAGAGGAGGAAAUCAGAGAGGAUCAGACAGGUGCAGCAGCUAAUUAGUGGUAGAGCCGGGGCCUACACCAAGGUCUUUUGCCUCAUGCAAAGAAUCAGAACUAGUAGAGGGUGACCCCGGUAUGUCUACAUCUCGGGGAGCAGUUGGGCCAUGCUUCCUCUCCUUGGUGACUGCUGUUCGUGAAUCUUGUGUAGUGGUCCUCUCCAGGUCCCACUGCCCUAUGGUGGGGUCACUGUCCUCAGGGGACCGCCACCAUGUCACACUUCCCUCAGGGCCUGCCCUUCCCCCACCAGAGGCCCAGGGGGUGCAGAGGCUCAACUCCUACUCUGCCAGAGGUACUCCAGUCAUGGAUGGACUGUACAGCGCAUUGACCACCAUGCCCACCUUCAACCCUGCUCAACUGACUUUGUCUUCAUUACUUCUCUGCUCAUGUACCAUAUUCCUUCUGCCCCAAAGACUUUUUUUUCCCUGUGGUUUGAACAAAAGUUUUGAGCGUCAACACGUUCAGGGAAGCAUUUAUGUGUACCCAACUGUUUAUGGCCUUGUACUACAUUGUGGAAAUACCUGUACAAGCUUGUAUGCUAAGCCAGUGUCGCUAUGAUUGUACCCAUUGUUCUAAGUCUAUUUGUACACCCCUCCCCCCUUAUAAACUAACUAGUCAAUGGAAAGACUUGCUCACAGUCAAUGGGCAGGGCGCUUGCCCUCCAAUUUCCUUCUGCUGUUGGAUGUGCUCAAAUUUGCACAGCUAGGUAGGAUCUGCCCUCCCCUCAAACGCUGGGUUUGGCAUGUGGAGACUUGGCUUCAGUCCCAGGUCUGUGCCUGAGGCUACCUGUGUGACCUUGGACCAACCCUGUCCCUUCUCAGGACCUAAGUUCCCUCCUCUGGCCAUUCUCCUCCAUUUUAACACUAGUGAUGGAUCACGCAUUCUCUGGGCAGCAAGGGCUUCUGGUCCUGGUUCCCAGUUUGUUGCCUAUGUUUCUGUGUUAGUGAACCCUCAAUCUUAUCACGAAAUGUUAUUUGAUUCAUUAAGAGCAAUGGUCCAGUCAGCUAUCCUAACAGGUAAGACGAAUACAAGCCAAUUUGAUAAAUGUGCAUUAUGUGCUAGGUACUGGAGAUAGAAAGACAAAAGUAAAACUACAGAUCCUGACCUCAUGGAGUUUCCAUUCCAUUGGCCAGGGCCCACCAGUAUGGUGUAGGGAAGAGAGGCCCAGCUUGGGAGUCUAAGGGCCUGGCUUCAAAUCCUGCCUCCUCAUCUAGCCAAUGAGGGGAUCAGACUAGAUGGGCCUCUCUGAACUCCAGGAUUCUGUGAAUCUUAAGAAGCUCUGUUCGAUUCAGCACAUAUUUAGUGCACCUGCUUUUGUCCAGGCAUGAGCUAAGCCAAAGUAGCUGGAAUCUGGGAAAGGCCCAGGGUCCUGUUUGCCUGGUUCUCCCCUCAACUUCUUCCCCUUUCCCAAGAUGCUCAGUACCCUCAUGGUCUCCCCCUUCCUCUUUAUCAAAACCUGCUGUGGAGGAAGGAUGAGCAGGGGGACCUCCUCUACUGGUCAAUGUCAUGUCCAUCCAGGAAUUCCCAAAAGCCAGGGAGCAAGUGUCACUCUGUUAAUCUUGUAUCACUGAUGUGCAAAGAAGAUCAUUCUCCAUUGGAUUCAGAUGACAGGGGCAUUUAAAAAGUUUGUGAAAGUCCCAGGCAGGGAAGGCGCAAUUGUCCCACCGCUGUCCAUGUCUCUUAGGGGUGGCUGUCCAUUGUGCCUGACAGAAGCACCAAGCUCUUCUUUCCCCACAUCCUUUGGGGUUGUCAUCAGAGUGUUUGCAUUCAUUUCUUCCUUUCACGUUGUCUUCAAGUUGAUGGGCAAAGGAGCCCACCUCCAAGCCCCAGCCUCCUCCCUACCUUUGACUGUAUGUGGUGAGAUGCUGCUGGGAAAGGAAUUUUGUCUCAGAGACAAGGACAGUCUUGGCAAAAGUUUGGCCAAACGUGCAUUUGAACACCAAAAUCAACAAGACAUCAAAAGGUUUGCCAAAGAGUGUGUGUGUGUGUGUGUGUGUGUGUGUGUGUGUGUGUGUGUGUGUAUGGGGUAUGGGUGUGUGGGUGUGUGGGUGAUUUUUACCUUAUUUUAUUUUUGAGGAACAAGGUAAAUGGUGCCAGCAGCGAUCAGGGAGCUUGUGAUAAAUUCCAAGUAGACAGAAGCUUCCUGGGGCCAGGCACAAUCAAAGUGACCAUGAGAUGAUCAGUGUAAGUACAGUGCAGAUGGCAAUCUCUCUGUGCCUCAUUAGACCCAGGUGGUCUUUUGUGAGUUGCUGAGACCAAAAAACUCCAUUUCCCUCCCCCACCUCCAGCCAGCUUUUUGCUGCCAAAUCUCUCCACGCUUAGCUAUGCUGGCCAUCUACAAUGGAUACAUAGGCUAUAGUCAGGCCUAGACCAGAGCCUUUUCCAGCUUGUUUGGCCCUCCCAGAAUCUGGGUCCCACUAGUACUGCCUUCAAGAACCCAGGAGCAGCUGCAAACCACCAUAAGGCUUCAGCAGAGGACUUUAGCACAUACAAGGUCUAGAAUGUGCAUACUACAUCCCUCCAGUGGAUCAAUGACCUCACAGAUGUGGGUCCUCACUCUAACACUGUAGAUCACAACCCCUCCCAGCCUGCCCAUCCUGUGCAAUGCUUAUCCACGUCCUCCCAUUAAGUUCACUUACAAGAGGUCCAUUCAACAUGCUAGGGGCCUUCCUCAAGUUCUAUGGCCGUUGUGAGGAUACAGUGGAGUGCUCAUUAGCACCCAUGGAAUACAUGAGACAUUGAAAACCAAGGUUAAAAAGUAUGAGCUCCUGAUCAACGAUUCUUGUAAAUACCAUUUACAAAAUAUGAGCACGAUGCUGCUGAAUGACUUCAGAGAGCAAGGCAAUGCUUUAUUCAUUAGGCUACUGGGCUUGUAGCUGAUUCAGUGCACAAAUAGGGUGCCCCAGGGUGAAUAUAAGGGAAUCCUGUGGUUAAUCAGUUUUUCUGGGCAGCAGCCCAUUUCUCUGCUAGCAUGAGGAGUGGAUAAGGGUGAAGAUGGAGGUGGAACACCAACAUGGCUGAAAGCAGAGAAGGCGGAAUUCCAAUGACUCCCAAUAUCCCUUCUUCAGGGUUUAAGUGUUAAGGUACUUGCAGCUUACAGACUUUAAGCUUCAUUGCAUUCCAAUUGGGUUGAGAUUAUUUCCAGAUACCCAAGACAGGAAGGCUGUUUUAGCUAGAUUUUACUUUGAUUAAUUCUUGAUUUGCAGCAGAAGCUUUCUUUACACAACGCUCUGAUGUCAGCCAAAUGAUAGCUCCCUCAGACCUUUGCACUUCCCUCUGUGACUGUGAUCAUGAUAACCAGACAGUUGUAAAUCAUGCAGAAGCAUAACUAGGGCAGGGCAACUAGGUCCUUGCCCUAGGGAAUGGAGAUUUAGAGACUGCUGAUCUGAAGCUUAGAAAACAAUGAAUUUACCAUCUCUUCAUCAGAAUUGUCAGGUAAGAUAGGAAGCUAUUCGAUGGCAUACUUCCUCUCAGUAAUUGUAUUCCAAGUGAGUUUCCUCCUCCUUGGGCCAGCGCUUUGCUGGUGUCUUUGCUCCCAUCCCUCCAUGAAUGGUUCUAGAACUGUCAUAUGAGAACCAGCUGAAGGAAUUGGGCACUUGAGCCCAGAUGGGACAUGGUCACUGCCAUCCCAUUUCUGUAGAGGCAGGAGGAGAUGCAUUUGGUUUAGCUCCACAGGGCAGAAUGAGGAGUAGUGAGUAAAAGUAGUAGCAGGUUGCAACUUUGCCCAGUAUAAAGAAGGACUUCCUGGAGUAGUGAGUUCUUAGCUUCUGGACAGGCUCAAACAGAAGUUGUGGGAACAUCUGUCAGAAAUGUCAUUUUGGGUCUAGGAUACUGGCUCUACCUUUAGCUGUCACUUUGGUUGUCAUCAUGGCUAAGUCCCAAGCCAUCUAUCAAUUGCCCCAGAGCCCAGAUAGUAUUAUUUCUGAUAUUAAGUCAAGCAGAUUGGACCACACAGAUACAUGUCAUCUGACGGAUUGCCCUGUGAUCAGCUGGCAAAUUGUCAGUUCCACCAAUCAAGCAUGUUGGCUUUGUGUUGCUACAUCAAAAGUACUCCAGCGUAGGAGAAGAAAACAUCUGUUUACAAUGCCAAAGAUCAUAGAGCUGAAUGGGAACUCCUUGUCUCAAAGAUGAGGAAACUGAGGUCAAACAACUUUCCAGGCUCAUAUGGUGACUCUCCUUUUAUUGGGGUCAGCUUGUUUGGCAGGGAAAAUUUUCUCAUUCUUAUCUUCAUUUGGAGUCCUAAUCCUUGGGGGCAACAGGCAAAAGUGCAUUUGAUUGCAACUUUCUGCCUCAGUUAAAGCAAUCUUCAAAUGGUCACAUUCAACAGUAACCUUGGUUUCAGUUCCACAACUCGAUAAACAUGUAAGAACUUGCUCUGGGUCAGGUACCAAGCUAGGCCCUGGGCUACAAAGCCCCAAAGGAAAUGAUCCUUGCCCUCAAGGAUCUUCCAUGCUAUUCGGCUGAGUCGUGCCAGUUGCCACCUCAAAAUUCUCGGUAACACCCGCCUUUACUGGCUGGGACUUUGCCCCACUUUGGAGAUUGGACUUCAUUUUGCUCCCUCUGCUUUUCAGUCUCUAAGUCCAUCAAAUAUCAGGCAUGCAGCGUGCUCACUGUACUUGUCAUCCCAAACUAAUAUUGAUCACGUGGUAGUGAAUGUAAGCCAUUUGUGUUUCCUGAUCAAUUUUACAUUAUAAAUUGUCUAAUCAUGUUUCCUCUGGCUGAUAGUAAAAGUAUUCUUCUCUUUUCA